UUCUCAUUUGCAUACUGUAAUACCCAUAGUGCACCAACAAGAAACGCCAUGAUGUCGUGCGAUUGCUCGAAGUGAAGAUUCCAUUAUUGCUGUCUCCAUGCAGUAGUGAGUAUUGGACAUUCGUAAAUUCAGAAAUGGAUACCAGAUGGUCAUUUUCCAUUUUGUCACAAAUGUAGGCCUGUGGUGCCUAUGGAAAACUAUACAGAGUCACUAAAUCAAGGAAAUAAGAUAUCCAACAUGUCACAAGUUACGAGAGACCAUCAAGAGACAACAUCACCUCAAGAAACCUGUAUGCAAAAUGGUGAGGCCACUCCCAUGACUGUUCCCGGUGAUAAAGUGACAGAUACACCAAGCUGUGGAAGUUUUCAACAGGGAGAUGGUUUUAUAUCACCUAAAGAAGGGCAUUGUGCUCAUGACAAAGACCAACGGUCAAAUGACAGUCAUGUCAUCACAGAAACAUGUGCAAAGGAUCCGGUGGAGAAAAGUAUGACCAUUGGAAGCAACCUUAAAGAAGAACAAUCAAGCGAAAAUUGUGCAGCAAGCACUCCAGGAGUUUUACAACAGGAGGAUAUUGAAAGUGAUAUGCCUCCCUCAGAGGGGAUACAUAACUCAGAAGAUGUUAUGAAACUGACAGAGGAAUCUGUCAAGCCAGAUGACAGCAUUUCACAGGAAGAUGGCAUUAAUGAAAUCUCUCUCAUGGAGGUUUCAGAAAAUGAUGCUGACAAUCAAGCGAUCAACCCCGACAAAUGCACUAUACAGGACGAUGUCAGCACUGAGAUCUCUCCAUCCAACGAAGCGCAUAUUUCAGAGGACGUUCCAGAGAGCGAAAGUCUCAGUCCAGAAAAAGGAGCUUCAGAAAAGGAUGCAAAAUUCGAAAAAUCUUCAGAUGGAAUACAAAACUCAGAAGAUGUUAUGGAGCUAGCAGAUGAAACUGUGAAUCCAGAUGAAAGCAUCUCACAGGAGGAUUGCGAGGAUGAAAUCCUUCCCAUGGAGGUUUCAGAAAAUGAUGCUGACAAUGAAGGAAUCAACCCUGAAAAAUGCAAGCUACAGGAGGAUGUCAGCACUGAGAUCUCCCCUUCCAACGAAGCGCAAAGCUCAGAGGACGUUCCAGAGAGCCAAAGUCUCAGACCAGAAAAAGGAACUUUACAAAAGGGUGUAGAAUUCAAAAAAUCUUCAGACGGAAUACGUGUGACAGUACUUGUUGAAGACGGUCAAAUUCACUGCUCAGUCAAAGGUACUGCAGAGAAUGAUGUUGUAGUUGAAAAAUCUGCAGAUGGACUACUUGUUUCAGAAAGUCGCACUCAUGAUUCAGACAAAAGCACAUCAGGGGGAGAUGUUGAAGAAGAAAAAUCUUCAAAUGAAAUACAAGAUUUACUAGAUGAUGCAGAUAUUCACACUGAGGACCCAGGCACAAGCAAUUUACAGGAGGAAGCUAAAAAUCCUUCUUCGGACAAUACUCAUGUCCCAGAUACCACAGACAGUCAGCCAAAUGAAAACAAUUCAACUAAAUCUCAGAAUAAUGAUGAUGGAAGUACAAAAGCACAUGAUGAUGAUGAAGAUGAAGACAUAAUUGUUGUAUCAGAAACUCCUAGAGGUGCCAACAAGAAGUCAAACUUGACAACCGUGUUCAAGUGUGUUCGCUGUGGUCAGAUAAGUAAAUCUCGAUCGGACCUAAAUAUUCAUCUUCUUCAGGCACAUAAACUGAUAAUUGUGUCAAAACAGAAAGCAGUAGAUUGUAUUUUUUGUACAAAGUCAUUGGACAUGUCCGAUUUUUACCAGCAUUUAAGAACAGAACACAAGGUACUGCUGGUGAAGAGUAAGGGCCAGACUUCUGGUGAUGAUAAUCCUGCUACAGAGAAAGGUACCUCUAAAAAGACUCGAGUCCAAGAGAAAAUUUCUUCUCCUAAAGGCCUGAUUGAUCUCACAGCAGAAGAGGAAGAGGAAAGCAGCACAUCUUUAAACAAACCAGAAAAACGUACCAGUGUGAGCAAGUCAACUUCUCAUUCUAUGCCAUCUACUUCAAAGGAAACAUCAGUGCCAUCUACUUCAAAGGAAACGUCAGUGCCGUCUACUUCCAAGGAAACAUCAGUGCCGUCUACUUCCAAGGAAACUUCAGUGCCGUCUACUUCCAAGGAAACGCCAUUGUGGUUGCGAAGAACUCCAAGGAGAGUCACUCAACGAAAAUAUAACGAAGUUGACACCGAGAGUAGCUCAUCAGAUGACAAUGAACCUUUAGAUGCAUUUGAUGAUGAUGACGAUUAUGAUCCACUUGAGUCAGAAUAUAAAAAAGGCAACAAAUCCAAAUCCCAGACACAAACAAAGGGUCAACAAAUGAUAACCAAAAGUCCUGUACACACUGGGAAAAAUGCAGUUACUAUCCAUGUGGCUUCAACUAAAGCACAGAGCUCUACAACAGGAAGCACCCUUUCCUCUAGACCAGUUCAGUUAGCCACUGAUGUUACUAAGACUGUUUCCGUUGGCGUUAGUGGUACAGCACCAACAAUUGCCACAGCUGCAGUUCCAGCUAACACUAAUUUGAUGAUGAAUCAAAUAGUCAAAUUCAAUGGCGCACUAUACUCUAUAGUCCAAUCCGGUGACAACAAAUAUUUGAUCCCUUUGAAUAUCAGAAACGCUGCUGCUUCAGAUAUCCCCACACAUGGAAUCACUAUACCAGGAAUGUCUGGGCUCCAAUUAAUAUCCCCACAACAAACCAUAGGGUCUACUGUGAAUACCCAAGGAUUAUCCACCACACCUGUGGCUGUCCCACAGUUGUCUUUUCCAACAGUUCCUCAUUUAGCUGCAGGGGUUGGAAACCUACCUCAACCAAUCACUGCCAAUGUGUUGUCAGGUCCGCAGGCCAAUAUUUUGCAACCAGGAGUAGUUCAGCAACCAGUGAUGCUCUCUUCACCGGCUGUAAAUUCCUUGCAAACCUUCCUUGUUACCAUUCCACAGAAAACGGUACCAGUUGAAAGUAAUGUAAAUAGGACCAUAGUGGUAGGUGGUGUACAGUCAAGUACUCAAAGCAUUGUAAAUACGCAAAGUGCUAUCGUGCCUGUCGCACAGAUGAAUACAGUAAAUGGUCAGACAAAAAGUACAGGAGCUAAAAUUAGUGCACAGGCAGGAAACUUAACAGUAAUCUCAGGGUUGAAUAAUAGAAACACAAUCUUUUCGGUUUCUUCUACAAAACAAAGUGCAUCAACCACUACCACUAACAGUGGAAGCGUCGCCCCAACUAGUCUGCCAACCAAGAACGUCACUCCUGCUGCUCCACCAACUCCAGCUGGAAUCCAUAUUGCUAAACCUCGAGACGUGAAAUCUUCAGACUUGCAUAGGACUGGUGGGCUCUUUGCUUUAGAAGUGUGCUUGGACACAGCAACCUCCCUUGGCACAGAGCCAGUGCCGGAAACAGUAACCACAUUCAUAUUGCAGGAGAAGGAAACAGUUUUUGUUGAAUCAAAAACGGAUGAUGACACACAAGGCUCAGAGACUGAAAAAGCCCUGUCAGAUGCAGAAAAGUGCAAGGUUGUGAUAGCGACAGCAUUAUCAAGAGGGCAUUUAAUGCCGAAUGACUUGACGUCGAUCAGUAAUGAUGUUUUCUUUGAAUGCACUAGAUGUAACUCCUGUUUCCCACAGCAUAUUCUGUUGAACCUCCAUAUGAAGCAGUGCAGCCAGCAUGCACCAUCAAGCAUUCCAAAGAUCAAGAUUCAUGCACCAGCAUCAGUUGUUGAUGAGUUCUAUAAAGACCCAAUGGGAGGGAGAAAUUUCGUGCACAUGUACUGCCGUUUCUGCAGAGCCAGAAUUGUUAGAAACCAACAUGAUAUUUCAUUUCUAACUUCUCACCUUCUGAAGCACAUAGAGCCUAAAGUGGAAUUGGCUGUUCUUCCUAAGAAACAGAAAGGGGUUCAUCAUGACAAUUCAACUAUUGAUUGCACAACAAAGGCACUUGAGUGGGUUGACUACAUAGUUCCACCAUUCACUCUAGACAAUCCUCCAACAUCUGCAAAGAAUGGCUCCCUUAGUAUGUUCACCUCAACCAAUGAUCCAGCAUUGUUGUGUCUAGCAAAAAAGAAGAAGAAGAAGAAAAAGAAGAAGAAAAAGAAGCACAGGUAUAGAAGUAGUGAUAGUGAUGAGGACUACGAGAAUCUUGCUGGAACGAGACUUUCUUCCUUGAGACCCAAGAAUGGACGAUACAUUGGGACACUGAGGCCAAAAGAAACUACUUCACAACAGACUGUUUCCAACAAUGGUGCAGGUAGUGUUGGAAAUAUCAUUGAUCCAGCAGGUUCCAAACCUCGUGGAGGGCGAACCAUGAUGCAUAGUUUCAAGCACUUACGUUCUCCCAAUAAGAGAGGUUCAACCUUAACAGCCAGCAUUCCAAUGAAGUCUAAAUACAGGGACAGAGAAAGACCCGGUGAAAGCACAAGGAGAUGGAAUAAUGGAAAGACACGGUCUCAGUUGAAAGGCCACUGGAGGAGGUCAUGUCGGAGGUUUUCACAUCUACAGGACCCUGAUGCAUCAACCCCAGAUAAUUCAACUCCGGAGGGUUCAGUAGACUACAUCGAAUUGAGUUCAGACGAGGAUGAAAUUCACAACAAAAACAUUUGUGAGGUUAGAAAUGAGGGCGUUGGGGCAUUGUCUGGUAGUCCAGUGACCAUAACCGAAGAUGAUAUUUCAGAUUACGUGAAGAUCAUUGACGAGGCAGAGGAACUGCAGGUUGGCCAGAAGACAACGAUUUCCAGUUCACCAACUGCUAAAGAUGGCCAAAGACAGGAAGAUUCAGACCUUGUAGACUAUUAUGGAAAUGAUGUCAACUCAACACUUAGUUGUGAGCCCCUGAUUAUGGAGCCAGAGCAGGUGCUUUGCUACUUUAAAAAGUGUUCUGGAAGUCUGAUGGAAUGCCAGUUUCGUUCUUGUGGAAGUAAAGUGUUAAAGAACAUCAGAGCUAUGCUGGGCCAUAUCAGGGUCCAUUUCCAAAUCUUGGUACCUAUGCAGUUGCUAGCGAAAUGUGGCACACAGUUUCCAAGACAAUCUAUCCCAAGGCCCCUUAGCUUGACCUUCACACAAGUUCAAGCACAUUUCACAAUUUCUGAUAUGCAGGAGGCUAACCUUCAUCUUGGAGAAGUGCAACAGAUAUACACCUGCAAUUGGAAAAAUUGUGUAAGGUCACGAAGCUACAAGAAAAAUAUCUGUGGACAUCUUGUAAAGCACAUCUUCUUCACUCUCAUUUCCAAAGAAGACUACCAAACAAUGGCACAGACGAUGUCAACAUACACUCCGACCACUGAAGAAACAGUUGUGAAGAAGCUGAAGAUAGUCGCAGUGAACAAAGGAGGUGAGAAGGUUACCAUAAUGGUCUCAAUCCCUAUAUCUCAGACAAGGACACCUGAACUUCUCACAAAAGCAAUAAAGAAAUGCUUGGCUAGUGACAAAUCAAUCAAGUUGCCCUCACAAGUUUUGGAGAGCAUUGCGGCAAAGUUCUCUUCUGACAAAGCUUCAACGUCCAAAUCAGCUCCUGCCAAAGAUCUUCCAAAGACGUUAACAGAGACGGAAGCACCAGAUGUCCUGACUCGAGCAGAGAUAGGCAAGUUAUGGAAGAAGUUUCCAAACCUGCUUGAAAAAUGGAAGAUGGUAGAUGCUGAUCAAGUGGGAGAAAGUAAAGAAUUUACCAAUGACCUCCAAGAAGAAGAAGAAAACUCUGAUUGGACACCAAUGAUCAGUAAAGUCAGAUCUUUGACAAGCAGGGAAUCUGGUAUGAAUUCGAGAAAGGUACUACAGAGGAGGCCAAAGAUUAAUGCCAAGAGAUGGAGAUCAGUGCUUUAUAGAAAGGUACCUGUCUGGAGUGUUCCUUCGAAGCUACAGGACGGAGAGCUGAAGGUUGUUGAAAUAAGAAAGAUCAAAGACCAACUUGUGCCUGGAAUGAAGAGAAAAGGAGAAUGUACAGAAAGUGUAAAUGAGACUCCACCGAGCAAAAAAGACAAGGUGGAAGGUGAAAAGGUUUGUGAGGGUGAUGAUGAAGAUGGAAAAUCUGUACCAGAAAAAACUGUCGUUGACCAGGUGAUAACUACAGACUCUCCAAUGGAUGUGAAGGACGGACUUGUUCCUGGAAUGAAGAAAAAAGGAGAGUGUCUAGAAAGUGUAAAUGAGACUUCACCGAACAAAAAAGACAAGGUCGAAGGUGAAAAGGUUUGUGAGGGCGAUGAUGAAGAUGCAAAAUCUGUACCAGUGAAAACUGUAGUCGACCAGAUGAUAACUACAGACUCUCCAAUGGAUGUGACAGAGGAUUCAGAUGGAGCAAAUUCUGAAAGAGAGGUUGAGGUAUCCAAAUCCAGAAUGUCAGCUGCUAAUGUAGCUGAUAAUAUGGCAUGUGAAAGAGAUUCAGCCAUCAAGAACACUGAAUCAGAUCCUAAUCCAAUCACAAGUUCUAUUGAUGUCUCUCCAUGUGAUGCCAAACAAGAAAUGAAAGCAAAUGGAGGUGAAGUUCAGAAGUCAUCUGAAGAAUCAAUGCCCAUAAUAGCUGAAGGUGAAGGUGAAGUUCAGAAGUCAUCUGAAGAAUCAAUGCCCAUAAUAGCUGAAGGUAUGAGGGAUUCAGAAUCUACCCAGACAACAGAUACGGCCGAUGUCACUCCAUGUGGUGACAAACAGGAAAUGAAAGAAAAUGGAGGUGAAGUUCAGAAGUCAUCUGAGAAAUCAAUGCCCAUAAUAGCUGAAGAUAUGACAAGUAUGAGGGAAUCAGAAUCUACCCAGAAAACAGAUCAGGCUGAUGGUCCAUUCCUCCAGGAUGAAGAGAAUGAAGAUUUGAAAAAAGCAUUGCAAGCAUCGCCUUUCAGGACCAAAGUGGUAUUAGCACUAACGCCAAGGCAAAUAUCCAAAGCUUUCAGGUUCAAGAAAUCCCACAAGAACAAGACUGUGAAGGUUGCUGGAAGAGGAUUUGGUUAUGGUGUCUUCCACUGUAGAAUGCCUCGGUGUAGAUUCUUUAAAGAAGUGAUGACAGCAGACAAGAAGAUUGACUUAGUUAGAGCCCUUGCCACCCACUUACAGAAUGUACAUAUGAAAAAUCAUCCUCACAGAACAAUUGUUUUGCAGCCUGGGAGCAAGGAAGAUCAGUCCCAUCCAAAGAAGCGGAUCAUGCAACAUUUGAAAGGCCUAUCAACCUAUCAGGAUUUCAGGAAAUUCAGGCUCAAGAAUAUGUUCCAGAGGCAUCGGAUGCACAAAACAAGACUUCUUCAAGUAGAGGGACGUCGAGUGAGAAUGAAGGUGAAGUACUUCCACCGUUGCUUGUCCAGAAAAUGCUUCUUUGGUUGUUUCAACGCUACUCGACACAUUCUCAUCACUCAUCUUCAGUCACAUCUUCGACAUCUUCAGCUGAGUGGACAGAAGACAGCAGGAUCCCAGCAAGCGGAGGAAUCAAGAACUUCACUGGAUGACAGUUUGCCCCAGGAUGACCUCUCAAGUUCACAUCCAAGCCAAGUUGAAGAGCAACUGGCAGCUUCUCCCCAAGAGGGUCCACUUCCAGUGCUUCCUGAAUUCACCCCAGGAACGUCAGAGGACUCUCAACGGCUCGACAAUGAAAGAAUGCACAUCUGGCAUGACUCAACUCAGGAACCAACUGACCAAUACCCCACCAGGGAUAGCUUGUCAUCAAUGGACCAAGAGAUGAGUACCGAUAAGGUCUUGGGUUCUACUGAUGCGGCGGAAGAUGAGCAGAUGGAUACUGUGGAUGGUGGUAGGCAGGAUGAUGCAUUCAUGGACGAUGUUGACAUGACAGACGAUGUUGAGAUGACAGACGUCGGUGACUCGUCCAGAGGGAGCAAUGAUGGUAUGGGAGCUAGUGGUGCAAGUAGAUUAACAGAAGAAGACAAUGCAAAUGAAAGGAUUGAAAAUGGUAAUCUAACAGAAAGCCUUCCGACCUGCACUUUGAGUGGUGGUGAUGCAAUAGGGGCAGGAGAUGUGAUACAGAAAGACAGUGUUAAUUCUAGUGAAUGUUUGCAAGAUCAGGUGCCAGUAGUGAAGGAUUGUGGAGAUAAUGUGACACAGGUUUCGUUCUUACAAACUGGAGCUUCAGAUGCAUCGCAAGAAGCAGUUGCCUCAUCAAAUGUUUACAGCCACUCUACCCCUGCAUCUAAUGACAUGGACGAACUCCUUAGCAGGCCGGGAGACUCCAUUCAGAUGUUCCAUGAUGACCUGCAGUCCUAUUUCACAUGCUACACCAUAGAAAUGAAGGGAAGGAAGGGCAUGGGCUUGAAGCACUUUGUGUGUCCUAAAUGCGACAUGAAGGAUCUGCGUGGAAAUAAUUUGCAAGGUCACUUGGAGAUUCACAUCAAGAAAAGGGUCCUGAUCACUCCUUUGGAUAACAUCGCCAUUAAUGAUGAGAAUGGACAGUCUCCAGACAAGACUGACGACCCUGUUACAGAAAUGCCAGGUGUGUCCAAGAACAAUGACGAAAGAGACCACACCCAGACUACGCAAAACAAUUCUGAAAGCCUUAGAGAGGAUAGUGUAAAUCCUGGUGAAACCGAUGACCAGCUGAACAGCAAGCUCAUGGAAGAUACAAACACUGUCCACCUCACCGAGGAUGAAAUCCUCAGUAAUUACUUUAGCAAGGACUUCAGCGUUGAUCCGGAAUCUCAAAUUUCGUAUCGCUGUGAGUUCCUGAGAUGCAACCAGUGUCCGUUUCGGACGUUGACUAUCCUUGACACACCCAAACACAUCGGAAUGCAUAUCAAGAAAACUGUUAUUCUCAAGAAGUGAUGAUGUUGGAUUGGCAUUUCAAGUUCUUUUUCAUGAUUUCUGAUCAAAGUUUAUUUUGUGAGAGGAUGAUGAGGUCAAUCCAGCACCACCUAUUUGUUUGUCAUCAUUUUCAGGCUAUUUUGGGGUUGAAUUCAUAUUUAAGGAUGGAGAAUAGGAGAUUUAAUUUAACAUAAUUUAGCCAUGAGCCUCUUUUUUUUUACAUUCAGGUACUUAGGGCUGUAUAUUUCUCUCCCCCUCCACCCCCCCCCCCCCCCUCCCCCACUCACUCUCUCUCUCUCUCUGUCUUCAAAUAAUUUUCCAAACCUCUUGAAAAUAAUGUGAAAAUUGGGUCUUAGGCCGGGAAAGCAUCUUAUCUUAUGUUAACUUGAUGAUCGCGUAACUUUUUUCAUUGGAUUGUUUGCCAGGUGUUAAAUUUGAUGCAAUAUAAGAAUAGAUUAGACAAUUCACAUACAGGUCAGUAUUAUUUUUGUCAAAAUUCUUUGACAAGAUUAAAGGAAAUAUACAUCUACUGAUUUAUUAGAUAAUCUAAAGUGAAUGAUAAGAAGCAGUUAUAUACAAAGACUCACAACAAACACUACUUAUCAAGCUUACAAGACAUUUUAAAGUUAUUGAUGAUAAAAUUGUUGUUAUAUUCAGUGUAUUAAAACUACAGUAGAUGACUAAUAUUAGAAAUUGUGAGGGAUGAGGAUUCCAUUCCUAAUUAUCUUAUCAACCCUGAAAUAUUCUAAAAAAUAAUUGCUCACUAAAAAGAAAGGAAUCAAUUAUCUUAAAAUGAUUUCUCUAAUCAAUCCAACAUCAAUUAGAAGUCAACUAAAAAAAUAUCAACCGUUGAAGGAAAUUUUGAUUUUAAUUGAGGCUUGAUAGAAGAUAUGUAUCUUUUAAUCCUUUUUGUGAUUGGACCAAUCAAUAAAGAGGGCAAAUGUUAAGGGGUAAAAAAUAUUUGGCAUGAAAAAAUAAGGCAUGAAAACAAAAUGAAGACGGCUUCUUCAAUAAGUAUGAUUCAGCAAGAAGAAUAUUAUUAAAGUGCUUGGAGUUGUCAACGGAUUUCGUUUUUUUAAUCACAAAAUGUCAUGCAUUUGGGGGUUUAAGUAAUUGCAAUAUUGAGAUGAACUAUCAAUGAACAAUCAAUGGUAAUUGUUGAUUCAUUGAUGAAUCUCGGUAGAAAAUUAUUUUCAGUGGAAACUGUUCCAGAUGAGUACAUAUCAUACCAAGUGUGUGAAAAAUUACCUAUAUGCGUCUUGGUGCCUUUAAUAUGGUCCACAAACUGGACUAGUUUUGUAAAUAUUUGAUCAAAAUGAAAGAUGGUGGUUUAAAUCGUUCCAGCUGUCACUAGUUUGUUCAUAUGUUUUUGUAUUUUCUCUUGUGUUGGCUUAAUAUUCCACUAAAUUAUUAGGAAUUCAUUUUUCCAUUGUGAGCAAAGUAAAAUGUGUGUUUACAUGUGAGAAAGACUAAUACUAAAAAAGGAACUGAUCAUUUACACGGAUGUGGCAGUAGUGGAGUGUAAAUUUAACUGCCCUCUUCUUUUUAUAUGAAUAGGAAAGUUUAAAAAAAGAUUAAAUUACUUUAUUUAUUUUAAAAAAAAGGAAUAUAUCAUGAUAUUGUUGGCAGAGCAAUUGUUAAAGCCCCUCAGUAUACUUCAGUAUAGUACAUCUAAAAUGUGCUCAAUCAGUUUCUGAUCCACAAUAAGAUAAACGUUCAUAAUAUUACAAUGUAUGGCUGAAAUCAGUGGUAAAGUGCCAGUGAUUUAAAAAAAAAAAAUCUGUUCAUUAUGAAGCUGGAAAGUGUGUGCUAUAAGACACUUCAGUUACAUGAAUAUGUGAAGUGUUCAUAAUGAUGCUGAUAUUUUUUCCUCUCGAAAGGUAAAUUUUAAUUGGGUUAUCAUAAUUUUGAAAAGAGAUCAGUUUUGAAUUAAGCUUAUGAUGAAAAGAACUCGAUUGAGAACAAUUGUUUGGAUUGAGCAUGUUCAAAAUACAUGUACCGGGUAUACGUUUCCAAUUGUGUGAUUGAUGUCACCGAGAUGAAACAGAACAAUCCGUAUAUACUUAAACCGCAUUUGCUAUGUUAAAUGUUUGAAUUUAAUUUAAUCUCAUAGUCUACUUAGUUUCUGUGUUAUUUUUUAUGUGUGGGACUUUCUGUAUAAACAUUUGUGUUUUCUUGUUCAGAAGUUGUUCAGAAGAUGAAGAACAA